AAAAAAGGGACAAAGGUAGUGAUUAAAAAAUCAUUCCCCAUAUAAAAAAAAAUCGUUCCCCUAAAUUUCUCAAAAACAUUUUACGCUUGAGUAACCUAAAAUUUUCCUGGUGGUCUCCCUCCUCCCUCCUCUCAACUAUCAAGCAAGGUUUCUUUCAAAUUUCUCGAGCGAAUAUCUGAAUUGUUUUGCUAAACAAGCCAUAUCUAGUUUGCAAUGAGUACCCAACGGGCAUCUUUCACUUCAGAUGUCGUGACCAUACUUUUGGGAAUUCUGCCUGACCAUGUCUUCUCCCUAGCUGGUGGGAAAACUGAUUGGGAUGUUGUUGCUAGAACUUUAAACACCCGAACUGGAAAGAACUUUACAUCACUUUCUAUUAUGAAUUGGUUCACGAAUAUGAAAAACAAACACAAAGCUUGGAAUGAAUUAAAGAACUGGACUGGUAUUGGAUGGAGCAAUGGUUGCCCUGAUGUUGAUGUUGAAUCUGAAAAAUGGCAAGCCUUUGUUAAGCGAUAUAGAUCCAUAGCAAAAGCAUUUCUUAAGACUCCAUUAGAGAAUGAGGAAGAUUGGGAUAAGAUUUUGAUUAGUGGUUAUGCAAAGGAAGUAUUGAGUGUUGAAGGCAGUGUUGAAGCUGAAUCAUCUUGGGACCCUGAUAAUGUUCAUGAAAUUGAAACCCGCAUCACUUGGGAUAUUGAUGCAUGUCUUGAUCAAUUAAAGCGAUCCUCUAAACCCAAAAACCCUUUUGAUGAAGUUCUCAAUAUCUUGGAGUCCAUGGGGAUUAUUGCAAAGUAUGGGGAAGCCUUUGUUGUGGAUAUUCUCGAUAGCUUUCGUAGUAUUCCCGGUGCCAUCGAUCUUUUUACCUCUUUGUGUUCUGAUGUUGGGAGACUUCAUUUCUUGAGGAAGCAUUGUAAACUUGAAGAUGAAGUGUAUAAGCCAAACACUUUGUGUACUUCAUUACUUGUGAAAGGAUUGUAUGACAACUAGUAUUUUAAGUUGAAAUUGUGUGACUUUAUGGUUAGUUUUAUGUUUAUGAUUAGAUUUUCAUUAUGGAUUUCAGUUACAACUUAUGUUGGUGUAAUAUGAUUGGAUGAUUUCGUCUAAAUUAUUUCUAUUAUGUGUGUUUCACAGUAGAAAAUAGUUAAUGGGAAGCCCUAAAUGGCAAGCGGUUAUGCAA